CAAGUACGAUCUGCUCUACAGCUGAAAGCAUGCCUUCCCAAACCUCGAUCUGGAAUCAUAUUGAUGAGCUCACUCGUCAUGAUGUUUUUCCCAGCACCGAAGCCGGUAAGGGAGAACUUGUUGUCGUCGGAACCGGCAUCGCGUCCAUUCGUCAGAUGACUGUCGAGGCAUUGGAUUACAUUCAACGAGCGGACAAAGUAUUCUAUGCUACACUCGAUGCAGUCACCGAGACUUUCAUCAAGCAUCAUGCUCCGAGCGCUGAGGACUUGUAUCAAUACUAUGAUACCGAAAAGAACCGCGUUACGACAUACGUCCAGAUGGCAGAGGUGAUCCUCUCCUCUGUUCGCAAGGGAAAACUGACAGUAGCCGUUUUCUACGGUCAUCCUGGAGUCUUCGUCACUCCUUCACACCGUGCAAUAUACAUUGCUCGUCACGAGGGAUACAAAGCCCAAAUGCUGCCAGGAGUGUCUGCCGAAGAUUGCCUCUACGCAGAUUUGGGCAUUGAUCCUGCUAGUUCUGGUUGCUCCAUGUACGAAGCCAGCUUCCUUUUGAACGAACCAAACAGGCUGGACUCCCGUCACCAUCUGAUCAUUUGGCAAGUUGGUUGCGUUGGGAAGGAAGCCAUGAUAUUCGACAAUAAGGAGAUAUACAAGCUCGCCGACUACUUGGAAGCGGAAUACGGUCCUGACCAUCCAGUCAUCGCGUACUUAGCCGCCAUACAGCCUUUCCAUGAUUCGAAAAUGGACAAAAUGACGGUUCAGGACCUUCGCGAUCAGGACAAAGUACAAAACAUUCCAAUCACUGCUGGAACAACGCUCUAUGUUCCUCCGAAGAAGCUGCCAGCAAAUCCUCCAGCUUACAAGGACAUGGCAAUUGGAUACCAACUUGCCCUCACUUCGGCCUUCCGCAUCAGUCACCCAGACUUGGACGUCGUAGAGACGUACACUCAAGAAGAAAAGUCUUGGUGUGAAGAACUCGCCUCAUGGUCUCCGCCGAAAUCGUACAAUGCCAAUGCAGCACCACCUGUCCUACGUCGUAUCGCCGUCAAGCUCGCGCUGCUACAUCAUAGACUUCACGGCAACGUGGCUCUAUCUGAUGUCGCAAACGCAAUCACGACAGCAGAGCCCAGCUUGACAGACGAGGAAGCAAAUCUGCUCAGGCAAUUCGUUGGCCACUUGGACUUCAUGUUCAAAAAGGAACGCCCGCCUCAGUCCGUCACUACAUCGAUCAUCAACAACACCAUCGUUCCACCCAUUGUCACCCAAUUGAAUAUUAUUCGCAAGGAUGGAUCGAUCAUGAAGGGGGUGAAGAAACCUUCGCUUUAUGUGUACUAGGUUGCCAUGGAUCGUGCAAUUCGGCGUGUCUGUUUCAACAAAACGUAUAUGCCGUUGGUGGCGCUACCCGCCCGGCCGAACGUCGGGGUUAUUGUGUUUGUUCUACAGUAGGAGUCUAGGAG